AUGACUCCGCUAGAAAGACAGACAGUUCGGGAGCAAGAACAUAUGAAUGAACUACAAAGAAAUUCUGCACCGCCAGCACAUGUACGAUCAGUAGAGAGACAGACAAUUUGGGAGCAAGAACAUUUGAAUGAACUACAAGGCAAUCCUGCACUGCGACCACAUGGAUUACAAAUAGAUGAUACAGAACGAUAUGCAGAAUUCCUACAAGACCAACUAUGGCAGGAUCAACAAGAUCAAGUGAUGGCAGUCAACGACAUGGGAAACUACGACUUUGUGCAAGAAUGCAGAAGAAAUGAAGAAUUACUUAUGCAAAAAGAAGAAUGGAAAGAUACAGCAUUUCGUCUUCAACAAUUCCAAUAA